AGAGAUACUAUUUUCAGUUGGAGCAGCAAGAAGUUGACCUGCAGGUAUCAUAAACUCAUAUUAGCUUAAACUGAUGCCAAAUUCAAAACAAACAGAAAGUCUCAGAAGCCACUUAGCCUUCCUAAUCAGUCCAAUUAAAAGAGAGAGGGGAGAGAGAGAGCAAGAGAGAGAGAGUGAGAGAGAGCAAGAGAGAGAGAGAGAGAGAGAGAGAGAGAGAGAGAGAGCUGAAAUAGGCAGAAAGUUCCAUUCACCUACUGUGUCCUAAUUAUAGUGUGAGACUCAUUUGACCAGCUGCCACUUAACCUAGUGCACAGAACAACAAAUGCACAACUAGAGCUAAGAAAGAGAAGGUCAAGGCUAAAGGCUAAUUUGGCAAGAUCUAGUACCCAAACCUUAAUUAAAUGUGGCAAAGGAAUGCAAGUGCAGCUUCUGAACCCCUACAAUAACACCAAUAUGGUAAAAAAUUGCAUUUGAGCCAUUGCAUUAAAUAUUCAUUAUGAAGAUUAUUAUUUUAGUUUAAGUCUAUAAUGCAACUUUGACACAUCAAAGUGCAUAUAUUGGAUUAAUAUAAAACUGAUGUUCCCUUAAAUAUCCUUAAUAUCUUAAUCAGAUUUAAUAAGUCAAAUGAAAGAGAGAAAAGUUGAUACACUUUCUCUUUAUCCCAAACAUACGCUUUGAGCUCUAAUCUGCAUCUCUCCAUAAGGGAUGGCAUAAGUGGAUUUAACAGGACUAUAGCUGUGUCUGGGCAGACGGGUCUGCUGCUGUGACAUAUGGCUUUUGACAGAGGGUAUGGCACCCAAACAAACCAAUCACGUUAAACAUGUACAAAAACAUAGAGAAAGACACGUAUGGGCUGGGCCGUGUCUGCUACAAGGCCUGCAGACACGACAAGCAGCAGCUGGCCAACUACAUCUAUCUGUAAUCAAUGAACCAACUGGAAGAUGGGAUUAUAUGCCUAAUUGCACAGCAAACCAGUCCAUCCCAAAAUGACCAGACAGCAUCAGCUUGUGUCCAUGACCCACUACCAGAGUGGGGCAUUAUUCUCUGACAUUAAACAUUCAUAACCUGCUCUACAGCCAAGCUUGGAGUUUGUCAAUACAAAAUGACAGGAGCUACACACCCUCAAGACAAAGAAGAAAAUGAUAAUAGGAUAUACAUUUAUUGAUCAUGUAGCGGAACAAAAAAUGUUUGCAAAUAAAUAGAAAUUCAGUGAUAUGGAUCAGACAGUUUUUUGUGUGUGUUAUUGAAUUCAUUUUUCAACACAAAUGUCAAAUUUAAUGCACCUGUAUAUGCAUAUGUAUUUCAAUUUUUUUUUGGUAAAUAAGACAAAGACACAAGAGACCAGUGUAUUAUUAAAGAAACAGAUAAGCACGCCCAGCUCAAAAAGCACCUCCAACAAUUAUUUAAAAGUUUUAGGUUACAUCUGAGGCCACAUUUUGACAUUUGUUUUGUUGUGAGUUUAAUCUGGAUGAGGGUUUUUUAUUACUUUUAUUCUGGGUGUAGUUUUCUUUAAACAAAUCAAACUGGCAAGUAAAAUGCUAAUUGAUUAUUAAUAUUUAAAUCUUACAUUAACUGCUUGCAUUAUGCAGUGUAAUCCUAUUUCUGAAAUUAUUUUUGUAUUAUUAUUGUAUUAUGCAUUUAUAUAUGAUGUAUCAACACAGUAAUAGAAUCUUAUGCUGUUAUCAUAAGAAGUAUUUAUUUUGUAUUUAUUGUGAUUAUUAAAGUAGAAAUAUAUGUAUACAAAAUAGGAAGAGAAUAGGUGUCAGAUGAAACAUCUCCUGAAUCAUAGAAUCGGUUGUCAGCAGAUGGAAAGAACAGACAGACAAACUACUCUGUCCCUCUCAUUUCUCUCGGACCACUUCACAAAUCAAUUAUUCAUUUAAUGUGUGAAGCCAUAGAGAUUAUUAAUGCACACCAAAAAGAUGUACACAGAUAUUUCAUUAAAUGUAAGGCCUCUUACAAAUAUAUAUUUUAUCUAUCAACUCACUGUGCAUCAACUGUCAGUUGAAUUGAAGUCUAAUCUGGACACCAUCUUGAUCCAUAUUGUAGUUUUAUAAUCCCCUGAAGUGCAGUGAAAAAUCCCUCAGGUUACAGACCGCACUUACACUUCUGUAGCCUCAGGCUAAUCUCAGAUUAUGGUUAUUAUCACGAUAAGAACUUUUAGCUGCAGUGAAAGCACAUGUAGGAUAUUAUGUAAUUGUUCUAAUCUUUGUUUCAUAAAUAUGUUUUAACAAUAAUUAAAAUCUAGUAUUUUAUUUUCCAACAUAAUAUAUAAUAACCAAAUGAAUACAUGAGGAUUGCAUCUGGAUUAAAUCAUAUUCUUCUUUUAUCAUAAAAAUUAUAGAGAAAAGGUGAAUAAAUGCAAUUUUUUGUAAUUUUAAAUGUUAAAGAAAGCCAAAGUAUAUUUACAACAAACACAACUAUGAUACAUCUAGCAACAUUUACUGGUUAAUACAAAAUUUAGUUGAAUUUUUUUAGGUCAACAAACUGUCUAUAAAACAAGUCAAAGCAUAUUUGUUUUGCCCAGCCCGCAGCAUCAUCAGCUGUGGAGCUGUGGACCAGAUGGUAUCUGGUGUUGCUCGAGUCACAUGGCUCUGAGUGAAGCUCAGAGUUAAUUGGAAUUUCAUUAAGGUUGUGUUUGUGAGUGACGGUGCUAAAGUGGGAGGAUGUUUAUGAGUCGAUAAGAGGCUGGUUCUGAGGGGGACCCCACCUGCUGCCACCUGUUCGUCUAUUGCCCUCUAUAAAAGAGCCUCACCCUCUGAGCCAACCACACAGCUCCUCUCACAGCUCCUCACACAGGCUGCUACUGGACUGGCUCCACGGUUCAGACUUGGAGCUUCAUUUGGAUUUACAACUGUUGGAGUUUGUACUGCAACAGUCCGUAAGACACUUAAACAAGAAGACUCUGUACAUUGCUUUUGGACUUAUAAUUUUUCUCUUUAAAUAUGAAGUCUCGCCGUUCCAGCUGCACUGACUCUGGAUCUGAAAGCUCUGAGCCCGACUCCAAAAGUCCACAGAAGUUUGAGAUAGCCACCAGGAGGCGGAUGGCUGCCAACGCCAGAGAGAGGAAGAGGAUGGAGGGUCUGAACACUGCGUUUGACCGUCUCCGUAAAGUGGUGCCACAGUGGGGUCAGGACAAGAAACUGUCCAAAUAUGAGACGCUGCAGAUGGCUCUGAGCUACAUCAUGGCUCUGAACCGGAUCCUGACAGACGCUCAUAGGCACAGUGAUCCUCACAGUGCUCCUCACAGCAUUUCUCACAGCCAGUGGAUGGACUCAUUUGACUGCGUGCAGCCAGAGAACUACUGUCUCAUGGGCUAUGACACGGUCCCAGGACAGGACUAUAUCCACUCCUCAUUCUACCACCUGGAUGGGCAUCAGAUGCAUGCUUAAACAAGCCCUGCUUUUAGGCACUAAACAGUCAUGUUGUUGGAUGUU